AUGGAUGUACCACAGCUCGAAGCCACGCAGUGCCAAUGGUCUGCAUCAGCCUCAGUGUCACCGGCAUCAACUCCACCAACCCCAUGGGAGGAGGUUGAGCCAUGUUCCCCGGUGUUUGAGGAGAUCGUUCUCCACGUCAAUAACAUCCAAUGCACUUUAAGGGUGCCACGAGGGAUCGCUCGCAGGGGUCAGGAGCUUGUGCAGCAGUUCGUUUCAACGGCGGCCACUCUGGAGCCCUCGUCUCCUCUGGAACUGUGUUGCCUAUUCAUGCAAUAUGUCAUGCAGGGUAUAACGCAGGAGAGACAUGGGGAUUUGGACAUAUCCGUUCUCCACCAAGUUUUAAAUACGCUGCAUGUUGAUCUCCUCCAGAAUGAGAAUAUCCACACUGUCCUGGCGUCGAUGAACCAGGACAAGAGCCGGGAUCGACCCAUCUUGCAGGCUUAUUUUCAAGCAUGCAGGGAAACAAGAUCACCAUGCACUGUGACGACCAGUAGCCUUCUUGCCGAUGUUGAUCAAGGUCAUGCACAGAUCUUUGCUCUGUUCAAUGGACAGGGCGUCGAGUCCUAUUUUGACGAGCUGCUGGCGGCUUACGACAUCUAUCACCCCCAGUUAGCUUCUUUCAUUCAUACGGUUUCCAAACCUCUCAUCCAUCUGGCACAGGAAGCUCAAUUUAAGCCACUGUUCCCACAUGGGCUGGAUGUGGAUUUAUGGCUCCGAGUGCCGGAGUCUCGUCCAAAUGCCUCCUACCUCGCCAGCGCCCCAGUGAGCUUCCCGCUCAUAGGGCUCUCCCAAUUUGUGCAAUAUGCUAUUGCAUGUAUCAACCUGGGCCAGUCCCCGGCAGAACUACGCCAUGUGUUCGCUGGAGCUAUUGGUCACUCUCAAGGCAUCGUGGUGGCCUCUUUCAUUGCCGCUGCCGAUUCCUGGGAUUCGCUCUGUAGUGCAGCUCAGCAGGCACUGGAAUUGCUAUUCUGGAUUGGUUGUCGAUGCCGGCAGCAGUUGCAGGGCGUAUGCCCUGUUUCCAGUCCAUCCAACUGCAUGCUCGGCAUCAAGGGCCUCACUCAACCCGAGCUUCAGCGUCACUUGGAUGAACUCAACCUCCACUUGUCAGCCAAGGAGGCGGUUUACCUGGCGUUGAUAAAUGGACCAGAGCAGCUCGUCGUUGCCGGAUUGCCUCUUUCAUUGCGGGCACUGGACCAGAAAAUUAGCAAAGGCUACAGUCAAGCCAAGUCUGCGAUGCGAAUCCCGUUCAGGAAACGCCUUCCUGUCGUCCACACUAGAUUCCUGGCCAUCACGGCGCCGUUUCAUUCGCCUUAUCUACAGGAAGCGGAAGAUAAGCUCCAAAAUGACCUUGCUGGCUUCUCUUUGUCUGGCUCGCAGCUGGCGUUCCCUGUGUUUCACACCGAAACUGCCGAGAAUUUACAAGAAAUUGAGAAUGUUGUCCCCCACCUCAUCAAGAUGAUUUGUACUCGACGAGUCGAAUUUGAAAAGGUAUUAAACAACACCUUGAUUGGAGUAACGCAUGUCCUUGACUUCGGUCCUGGUGGUGAGGUUGGCAUGGGAAGCCUUGUCAACCAUCAGCGCGAGGGCACAGGACUACGCACUUUGAUCAUGAGUGCCGCUCGGGGAGCCACCAAUAGUAACACUUCCGCUCUGGGAUUUUCAAGCGAGCUGUAUGCCCACAAUGUGGCAGCUCUCUACAACUCUGCCUGGAAUGCUGAGUUUUCUCCGCGUCUCAUGCAGUUCCAUAGCGAGUCUCACUUGGUUGACACCAAGUUCAGCCGGCUACUAGGGGUCCCUCCGGUGAUGGUUGCCGGCAUGACUCCGACAACCACCGCCUCAGAGUUUGUAGCUGCUGUCAUGAACGCUGGAUAUCAUGUCGAGUUAGCCUGUGGAGGAUUUCCCGAUCGCGACAGCAUGCAUCGAGGUAUCCUUGCCACAGCGGCAGAGAUUUCCCCUGGCCGUGGCAUUACAUGCAAUGUCAUAUAUGCCAAUCCCCGAGCCAUGGCCUGGCAGAUUCCCCUCUUGGUCGAGCUUAGCCAGUCCGGCGUCCCCAUCACGGGCUUGACCAUCGGUGCCGGCAUUCCUUCACUGGAAAUUAUCCAGAGCUAUCUGUCCGAUCUGCCAUUAAAGCAUUUGGCUCUCAAGCCAGGUUCCAAAGAAGGCAUCGAUGGUGUCCUGGCCAUUGCGCGGGCCAACCCUACAUUCCCAAUCAUCUUACAGUGGACAGGCGGUCGGGGUGGUGGCCAUCAUUCCUCUGAAGACUUCCAUGAGCCGCUACUAGACCGAUAUGCACAGAUUCGCUCUCAUCGCAACGUGAUACUUGUUGUCGGUAGUGGCUUCGGUGACGCCGGACAGACCUAUCCCUACUUGGUUGGUUCCUGGUCCCAGGAGUUUGGACGUGCGCCCAUGCCGGUGGAUGGCAUCCUGCUGGGUAGCCGUGUUAUGGCGGCUAAAGAAGCCCACACCAGUCCAGCCGUGAAAGAAGCUAUUUGCAGCACCGCGGGCGUUCCAAAUGAAGACUGGGAGCAAACAUACGAGCACGCUGCCGGUGGAAUUAUCAGUGUACGCUCCGAAAUGGGCGAGCCGAUUCAUAAGCUAGCCACACGCGGGGUUAUGUUGUGGGCCGAAUUGGACAAGUCGGUGUUCUCUUUGCCGCGGAAUGAACAGAAGGCUGCUCUGUUCGCCCGCAAGACAUAUUACAUCACACGUCUCAAUAAUGACUUCCAAAAGGUCUGGUUUGGCAAAAAUGCCCGUGGUGAAGUAAUCGAUCUGCACGAGAUGACCUACGCUGAAGUCUGGGACCGUAUGGUCGAGUUGCUGUAUCUAAAAGUAGCCCAACAGUAUAUCGAUCCCUCAUGGAAGACAUUGGUACGAGACUACACUCAUCGGCUAGAGGAGAGACUGGGUGGGAGAAAGGAACACCCUGCCCUCCAAAGCGUGGAACAACUGGAUGAGCCCGAUCUGUUCAGAGACCUCCUCUUCAGCCAGUAUCCACAGGCACACGCCGAUGUGCUGACAGCCGCCGAUGUGGAAUACAUCCAUUUGAUUUCACGUCGCCGAGGACAGAAGCCAGUCCCCUUCAUCACGCUUUUCGACGAAGAUUUCGAAUACUGGUUCAAGAAAGACUCUCUGUGGCAGUCGGAGCGCUUGGAAGCCGUUGUUGGACAGGAUGUCGGUCGCCAUUCACGACAAACACGUCGCGUGGAUCCUGCGCGACAACUACGCGGGGAUCUCGCACGGAUCCCCUCGGCAGAUCAACACAGCAGCGACCCCUGUUGGCCUGUUACGGGGGUUCAUUUGGAUGCAGAGCCUGACGGAAAGAUAGUGAGGUAUAUCGUCUCCGAGAAUCCGCCAUCGCCAGAAGUUUGGCUGGAAUUAUUGGCUGAUACCACUGCUGCACCAUGGUGUCGUGCUCUUCUCUCCGAAAAGACCAUUGCCCAGGACAGAACAGUCGUGGAUAAUCCUCUACCGAGAUUGUUUGCCGCCAAACCGGGUCUGGUCGCUGAGAUUUGCAAUAUACAAGCCCCAGAAAAGACAGAGAUCCUGCUCAAGGAGAUCGAAAGGGACGGUAAAGGUGCAGAGAAUUUGCUGGCAAUUUCCUCACUCCGCUGCAGCCCUGAGGGCCUGAUUACUCUGACUCUCUCGGAUCGGACGGUGGCUGGUCGGGCGCCAGCUGACCUGGUCUUCCUAUUCAACUACCAGCCAUGUGGUGGUGCUCUCAGCAUUCACGAGGUGAUGUCAGACCGAAACCAGCGCAUCAAGCAAUUCUAUCGGUCAAUCUGGAUCGGGGAGCAUGGUCUCCCAGUUACUUCUGACUUCGUAUUCCGGGGUCGAGAUACUGUCCUAGACCGGGAGGCAAUUUGCCAAUUUGCGCAGAGCCUAUCAAAUCGGAACCCAAUCUAUUAUAACUCCCGUCCCGAUGACUUGCUGGUGGCUCCACUGGAUCUGGCCAUUGCAGUAGCUUGGAAGCCCCUCAUGAGCGGCGUGUUCCCUGAUGUGGCCGCAGGGGAUAUGCUCCGAUUACUCCAUCUCAGUGCCGGGUUCGAACUUUGUGAUGGAGUCGCGCCAUUGCGGGAGGAGACCAUCUCUCGUCGAAUGGUCGUCUUGUUCCGCUUGACGAGCAAAUUCAUUUUGCUUGGUUCCUACCCCGAAAAUGAGCCAACGUUCGAGAUCAGGGAGGAGAAGUGGCGCCUUCCGUUAGAUUCGAAGAAACAUGUGGCUCUUCUUCGAUCGAGGGCCUGGUUCCACCCAGAAGGAAAAGUCGACCUGCUAGAUCAUCUCCACCACACGGUAGAUGUUCAUACCACGAGCCGCACAAGUUCUGUUGCCGCUGACUCGGGCCUCGGGCUGGAGGUUGAGGGCCAGGUCAUCUGGCAGUCGGAUUCAACAUCAGAAUCGGUGAUACUUGGAUCCAUUAUUUUCUCUACCGCUGCCAUCGAUGCACUAAACCCUGUCACAGACUACUUGAAACGACAUGGGUCCUUGAGCUCAGGUGAAGACUGUCUUUUUGAUGCUCCUCGACCUCUUGUGCAAGAGCUUCUGGUGACGGUUCCUGAUGCCGGCAGCGAGUAUGCCCGAGCAUCUGGUGACUGCAAUCCCAUUCAUCUGUCUAGUCUGUUUGCUAGCUACGCGGGCCAUGAAACGCGGGUCACCCACGGCAUGUUUACCAGCGGAUAUGUCCGUGGUCUCGUUGAAUCACAUCUCACGCGCAACGAUGUUGCUCGCAUGCGAUCGUGGUCAUGCACAUUUGACAACAAGGUCUGCUCCGGAGACCAACUAGCCAUUCAGAUCAACCAUAAUGGAAUGUCUAGAGGAAAGAUGCUACUGACUAUCCAGGUGCUCAAUGUUAUCACUGGGAUCAAAGUACUUUCCGCACAGGCUAGCAUUGAACAACCAAAAACGGCAUAUGUCUUUACAGGACAAGGCAGUCAGCAGGCAGGCAUGGGGAUGGCUCUGUAUGAGAGCAGUCUGUCUGCGCAAGAGAUUUGGAAAACAGCGGACGAAUUCUUUGAGAAUACAUACGGCUUUUCUAUAACACACAUCGUUCGCAACAACCCGAAAGAGCUAACAGUGCAUUUCGGCGGAUCUCGAGGCCGUGCCAUUCGAGAGAACUAUAUCUCGCUCACGUUCGAUGCAGUGGACGACGAUGGCAAGACCACCUGCAAGCCCGUCUUCCCCAAUAUCACCAGAUCAAGUCGCUUCCACCGCUUCCGAUCUGUCGAUGGCCUGCUCCAUGAAACCCAAUUCACACAGCCAGCGCUGGCGUUGAUGGAAAUUGCACGUUUCGAAGACAUGCGGCGUCGAGGAGUGGUUGAAGAAGCGAGCCAAUUUGCCGGGCAUUCUCUCGGUGAAUAUGUAGCUCUCACCGCAAUGGGACGCAUUUUCUCAGUCCAAAAGGUUGCUGGCUUGGUCUUUUAUCGGGGUCUCAGCAUGCAAAAUGCAGUCCAGCAGGACCGGCAAGGGGCUACUCAAUACUCGAUGUGUGCCGUCAACCCCACUCGAGUGUCAAAGGCUUUUAGCCAAGAUGACUUGAAGUGGUGUGUAGCUGAGAUUGCGCGACAAACUCGAGGCUUGUUGGAAAUUGUGAAUUACAAUGUCCUCCGCCUCCAGUAUGUAUGCGCUGGCGAUCUCCGGGGACUGGCAUCUCUGACAGAGCUUAUGAAUGCCCUGGCGUCGCGUUCCCUGGGGAUGCAGUCCAAACCAGAUAUACAGCGCUUCAUUCAGGAAUCUCUGGCAGGAUUGGAUGUUCGGACAGGGCCAGUUGUUCUCCAACGAGGACGAGCUACUAUUCCCCUCAAGGUGAACGUGCCAUUCCAUAGUAGUCUUCUCCGUCCGGGUGUCCAGUCUUUCCGACAGUUCUUGAGUCGCAAUUUGGCGGAGUCUUCCAUUCAGCCUGAUCGACUGGUGGGUAAAUACAUUCCUAAUCUCACUGCGAGGCCGUUUGAGCUUUCCAGAACGUACGUUAAAAGCGUACUUGCGCUCACUGAGAGCCCUGUCUUGGAGAAUCUCCUCUGCAAUUGGGAAUCCAUGGAAGAUGGGGGAUAUGAUGAACAAGUUCUGUUUCCUUGGUAA